AUGGAAGCUGCCUGCUGCGUGCUCGAGGCGGCGGCCGCGGGCUGCUUGGAGGAGGGGGAGCGGCCGGCGCUGGAGGGAAUGCUGCAGCACGUGCGUGCGCAGCUCGCGGUGAUGGCGGAGGCGGGGGCGGAGCACAGCUGCGCGGCGUAUCGCGGCGAAGACGACGACGAUGAUGUGAGGAUACUGCAGGAUGAUGGCUCGUGGCGUGUGUGGCGGACGGCGGCGGCGGCCCAGGCUGCGCUUGCUGACGCAGCGUGCGUCGGCGCGGACAAUGAGGGCGAUGAUUGGGAGGGGGACGCGUGGGAGCGCGAGGGCUGCGGGGACGAGGGCAGCGGCGGUUGA